CUCUUUUUCCAUCAAUCGUCUCCCAUCGUCAAGUCCAAUCACUACCACACCAUGCCAGUUGCCUCGCUAUGUCUUCUUGCCCUCUCCACCGAUGCGACCACCUUCCUCCACUCCCUCCGAUCCACCCGUACGGUCAUCGUCGCCUCUCGACCGCGCCAUGUCGUCAUCCGCCCGACUGACCUCGACAAGGACAUCCUAACCAAAACACCCUGGGACCUACUCGUUCUCAUCCAGCCACCACCAGACUCGCCCUCAAUGCCACCAUCUCUCCAACUGCAAAUAAAGACCCAGUACCAUGUGACAGUCGGAAUACCCUCCAAGCUCCUCACGACCUACCCAUCCCGAGACGAAGCUCUAAAACGAAACACCGAAUCCGUCCCGUUGACAGGGUCGCUAGACCACGCGUGCAACAAGCCCAGCUCUCAGAACCUCGAACUUUCUCCUGAACUUGUUUCAUUUAUGGACAAACUUACCACUCUACAUCCGGGCCCAGUGACAAUGCUGAACCUACUGCAUUUUCGCCAUCCUGAUGGGAAGAAGAGCUAUUAUCAGUACGGACAGUCGUUUGUCCCCGUUGCGGGGAAAAGAGGUGGUGAUGCGAAGCUGGUGGGGAAUGUCGUUAAACCGAGGUCUACGGUUGGGGUCGAGGUGGAUUCGAGGGGAGGUUGGGAGAGGAAGGAAGAGGAGUGGUGGAAUGAGAUUUCCAUUGUGCAUUACCCUUCUAUUAGGCAUUUCUGCGAUAUGCUUGCUGGCGAGGAUUAUCAGGAGAUCAAUGAGAAGUAUAGGUUAUCGGCUUUGAAAGAUACGCUUUUGCUCUGUACGACUGAGUUUGAUGUGGAAUCGGCAUCUUCGAAGCUUUGAGCUGUUGGAUAUAGGUGUUGUGGGAUACAAAACCGAGUAUAUCUGUGAGCUUCAUGUGCAGAAAAGGAUUUAAUGGAAGGCGUCACUAUAUAAAUUCGAUAUCAUCAAGUCAUUAAACGCACUGAUC